AUGAUCGACAUCGCCCCCAAACCCACCCCCUCAAUCUCCAUAAGCAUCGACAACGACACCAUCCCCCUCGGCGAAACCGACCUAGCAAUCCACGAGCUCCAAAGCGUCGCAAGGGAAGGCAUCGCCCUAGGGGCCGGCACCGCCGCCGUCCUCCUCCAGAUCGCACACCCCCUAGUCGGCCAGGGCGUUGCAGACCACAGCACCUUUGCCAGCCGCACCAUCAGCCGCACGGAGUACACGCAGAUGUACAUCUUCGCGAUGAUCUUCGGGACGGACGAGGAGAAAGCAGCGAUGAAGGCUUGGGUGGACAAAGCGCAUGCCCGCGUGAAGGGCGAAGCACAAGUACAAGUACAGAACAGCGGGGAAUACAGGAACGAAGCGUAUGACGCUAUGAAUCCUACCCUGCAGCUCUGGGUUGCUGCUACGAUCUAUGCGUCUAUGGUGGGGAUGUACGAGAAGGUUUAUGGCGAGCUGCCGCCGCUCAAGGCGGAGCUUGUGUACCAGGCUUAUGCGUGCAUGGGGACGUCGCUGCAGGUGCCGCGGGAGAUGUGGCCGGCUGAUCGGAGGGCGUUUAAGGUUUAUUGGGAUGAUGUGGUGCAGAACCAGCUGUAUGUUACGGAGGAUGCGAGAGGGGUGUUGGAUGAGCUGUUUCAUCCCAAGGGGUUGCCGCUGUGGGCGAGGCCGAUUGCUUGGACGUUGUUGCCGAUUGUCAGGCCGUUGACGGUUGAGCAGUUGCCGGUGAACGUGAGGGAGGGGUUUGGGUUGAAGUCGACGAUGGCGACGAGGGCUAUUGCUGGGUUGUUUAUGUCGACGGUUAUGGUUACUUAUCCUGUUACGCCGGGGUUUAUUCGCCAUUGGCAGAAGACGUACUCGCUGAGGCUGAUGAGGAAGAGAAUGAAGAACCGUGGCGGGAAGUUGCUGAAGUUGUGA